GAACAGAACUCUGAAGUAAACAGUGUUGUUCACCAUGUGGCUCAACUUGCCUAUGGUGAAGUGGCGUUCUGGUUUGGCUGCAGAAGGUUAUCUGCAGUUUGAGUGACUACAUUGUGCCAGUGCAUUAAUCCUGCUGCCCUGCACCCCUUCUGCUUUCAACAUGUCCUCUUGCCUGUAUUGGUGUUGGUCCCACAGAGCACUGUGAUCUCCCCGGCUCUCAGUUCUGGGGGUGCUUAGUAGUAGGAGAUGAGUGCUAGCUUGGUCUGUGUGACACAGACAGAAGGAUGAGGUGUUCUGGGAAAGGAAGCAAACUCUGGAGCUGCGUGGCAGGGUCUGGCAAUCCUGUGGGCUUCAAAAGAAUUAGGAUGGAGCAGUGAUAAACUGUGGUAAUUGCUUUUUAACUGUGUGCCAGGCCCAUACAUGAAGAGGAAACGAAGGCUUAUCAGUGCUAGCUGAAGGAGUGGCAUCACAAAUGAGCCAUUCUGCAAGUAUGCAGCGAGGAAAUGGUCACAGCCCUGAAAAAAUGGACUUCAUGUGUUCACAUAAUAAAAGAAAACGACUUGCCCCUACUCUAGUGGGACACAAUGUGAUGAGAACCAGGGAACGAGCAUAUGAAGAUAGUGACAGUGUCAUUUAUGAGUAUGAACCAGAUUAUGAAUGUGGGAGUAUUGUAUCUGAAGCUUCCUACAUUGGAGAUCAGCAGAAAACUCUUAUGGAGGUCCUCAGUUAUUGCCAGGCCAUGUAUGACGCCAUUCAGAAAUUGGAUAAAAAAUUUGAUCUGCUUCAUCGGAAGGUCUCAGAAAUGCAACACAGUCGUGUAAAGCCACUGUUGCUCAAACCUAAACCAGUUGGAUUUACAUACAGAAGUUCCAGUCAUUUGCCCCAAGGGAAAACAAGAGUACAAAAAUCCAUGGAAAGGGAAUCAGGUCUUCAUCUCUCUUCACCAGGUCAGGGAAGGCAUAGCCCAGUCAUAAGGGUUGCUUUACAAAAUGGUCACGUUCAGGUCAAUUCCACAAUAAAACAUGUUCAACAGAGUCUUCAGCUUGAAUCGCAGCAGCCUGUUCGUAGGCAGAGCCCACCACUCCCCACUAUAGUUUCUACACAUUCAUUGCAUUCAUCAUACGCAGCAACUAAAAGGAUGCCUGACCUUUCUCCGCGAUCAAAUCUUGUAGCCAGUGUUAUGGAAAGUACUGUCAACAUUGCAUCUUCACCAGUGGCAUUGUCAUCGAUGCCAGCACCAUCUGAGACCAGUCUGGGAAAUAAUACUGUGGUGGUGAACUACAGAAAUGCAUCUGGGAGUGUGAACAUUAGUAAAGAACUACCAUCUUCUUCAGUCUCCAUCAAUCCUAGCGUUGAGUUUGUUGGUGACCCAGUGAGAAAUGUAAAAGUUCUUGGAAACUAUUUGAUGAAAGCUCGGCAAAAGACUAAACCAAAGUAUGCAGCGCGCUACUUGGUUCGUGUCUUGUUCCCCAAGGAAACAUUAUUGUGCAGCAUUAUGGGAGUGAGUGCACGAGGGCGCAGAACAUUGGAUCCAAACAAAAUUGCUGCAAUAAGAGAAUUUCUUGCAACUAACUUUCCAAACUAUGAUUUGAGUGAGCAUGGAAAAGACUGGAAAACCUGUAUCACGAAUGUCAAUGCUAUGAUCCGCUGUUUACGCUCUGAAACAAAAAUAAACCCAGAGACACCUGAAGGGAAAGAAAAAGUGGCUGACACUCCAGAUACAUCUCAUUGUGUAGAUUUGAAUUAUAAUGAAGUUAGUGAAGGCAGUUCGCAAAACUCUCAGAAGAUGACCAGCUCCGCAACUGACACAUUGCAGAAUUCAGGAUUGGAUAAGUUUCCAGAAGCUUUCCACACACCUGCAGUCAAGAAACCACAGUCUUUGGAACCUAUGGAACUUCUUGGAAGUCCAUGGCGCAAUGUUCAGUUGCCUUUCUCAGUCAUUUACGUAGCUAAGGGGAAGUCUCGGCCAGAGUUGUCAGCUCGCUACUUAAUUCGUCAUAUGUUCACUGAAGAUGUGCUGGUAAAAAGCAAUGUAUAUGGUAAUCUUGAUCGUGGUAUGAGCCCACUGGACUGCAACAGAAUUAAUGCUCUCAGAGACUUUCUUCAAGAGAAUUAUCCAUCCUUUGAUCUAAAGGAAACUGGAUACGAUUGGAAGGCAUGCGUGGCUGCCAUAAACAGCACAAUCCGCAGUCUCAGACAUGACCAUAAAAAGGCUGCAGUUGGAAUCCGCCAGAAAGUCUUGGCAGUGCCACCAUUGAAUGCAAAGAGUCCUCCACAGAGUCCCACUUCAGUAAAGCCAUUUGAAAGUGACACUAUCAAUCUCACGGACUGAAGCUUUCUAACAUCUGUCUCAAAUCUUAAUUUAGCAGGUUUUUAUAAAUCCCAUGUAGAAGCCUAUUACAUCGAGUUGUCCUAUUAUACUGAGUUGUCAGAAGCACUAAAUAGUAUUAUUUCAUGAGAUCAAAGUUAGCAGAAGAGUUGGGAACCCUAACUCCUUGUAUAAGUAGCACUUGUGCUCCUCAGAAAUUACUUCCACUGUUACCUGUAGCAUUUGCAAUGUGCUCUCCCCUAAAAGCACCUUCUUCUCGUGAUUCAUUGACUCUGAAAAAUUGAUCUGAUUAGAAAAGAUGCACUGCACGUAAAGUCAGCUGAAGCAGAUAGAAAUGUGGAGAGGAAAGAAUGGUCCUCCUUGGAGGAAGACUCAGAGCCAUCUAAAUUAUCUCAUUAUGUAUGAAGAAUGAAAUUUGCUUUGACAAUUGGUUAUUGUAAGCAAAAGUAUCUAAUGCAGAAAGGAAAAAAAAUUAUUGCAUCUAGCUAACUUGUUAUGUAUCUCUCACUUUUUUUGCCUCCUAUAGCAGUCUUUGUUGUAGGAUAAGGAAAGAGGCAGACAACAAUGUAAGUACAGUUGGUAAUAUUUUCUUUGCUCUGAUUUAGCUCUACAAAAGCACAAAAAACCAUGCAGAACAAACAGUCCAAUGGUUGGUUCUGUUUUUUCUUGAUGAAAAUUAAAGAAAAUACUUUUCAGGGGCUUGCUGUACUGUUCACUGGCAUAUGUCUCAUCCACUGGUACUGAAGUCCACAAGAUGCAAAUCUGCUGCAGCUUCCAUCUCGAAGAUUUGGAUCGCGAUUUAGAUUUGAGAAAUAAUAAUUUCUGUCAGCUUCAAGUCAUUGGUCCUUCAGUUAAAACUGAGGACACGUGCUGUACUGUUGGUAUGCAGUCAGAGAUGACCAGCAUCACUGGUAUGCCUUCUCAAUCUCAUAAUCAUAGCUUUUCAUACUUGGGUCUACAAGGCUAGGCAUGUUUGCUUUGCUGUCUGGGUAGGCUGCUGUUCUAGAGACUUGUCAUCCUGCCUUUGUUAACUUAAAACCUUGAAAGAUGUGCAGUAAUUAUUCACAGAAUGGUUGAGGUUGGAAGGGACUUCUGGAUCCACUCCCCCUGCUCAAGCAGGGCCACCUAGAGCCCAUUGUCCACCACCAUGUUGAGGCAGCUUUUGAGUAUUUCCAAGGAUGAAGACUUUACAACCUUCCUGGGCAACCUGUGCAAGGGCUCAGUCACUGUCACAGUAAAAUGUUUCCUGAUGUUCAGAGGGAACCCUCUCUGUUUCAGUUUGUGCCCAUUGCCCCUGGUCCUGUCACUGGGCACUACUGAGAAGAGCCUGGUUCUGUCCUUUUGGCUCCAUCUUCUUUGCAACCUCCCCUCAAGUAUUUAUAUAUGUUGAUGAGAUCCCCCUUGAGCCUUCUCCAGAUUGAACAGUCCCAGCUCUCUCAGCCUUUUCUCACAGGAGAGAUGCUCCAGUCCCUUCAUC